UCCAUUUCUUCUUGCUUCUUCUUCUUCCAAGUCUUUUCCUAUAAAUACCUUCUUCUCCUCUUACUUCAUAUAACUCAUCAUCAUCACAAAGUCUUCUCAUUUCCUCAUCUUCUUGUUGAAAGUAAUGGCAAGACUCAAGAGCUUUCUCCUUCUUCUUUCUCUCCUUUGCUUUGUCCCUCUCUGUCUCUGUGACACGAGCAAUGGAGGCAAACUCUGCUCUGGCUUUUACGCCCGUUCAUGCCCGCAGGCCGAGGAGAUCGUAAGAUCAGUUGUAGCUAAAGCUGUUGUUAGAGAGACCCGUAUGGCUGCUUCCUUAUUGAGACUUCAUUUCCACGACUGUUUCGUUCAGGGUUGUGAUGGCUCUUUGCUUCUAGACAGCAGUGGAAGGAUAGUGAGUGAGAAAAACUCAAACCCUAACAGCAGAUCGGCUCGUGGGUUCGACGUAGUUGACCAGAUCAAAGCUGAAUUGGAGAAACAAUGCCCCGGAACUGUUUCUUGCGCUGAUGUUCUUACCCUAGCCGCUAGAGACUCCUCUGUUGUUACCGGUGGACCAAGCUGGGUGGUUCCAUUGGGAAGAAGAGAUUCGAGAAGUGCAAGCUUGAGCGGUUCGAACAACAACAUCCCUGCACCAAACAACACUUUCCAAACCAUUCUAUCGAAGUUUAACCGUCAAGGACUUGAUGUCACUGACCUUGUUGCUCUUUCCGGUAGUCACACCAUCGGAUUCUCGAGAUGCACGAGUUUCAGACAGAGGUUGUACAACCAGUCCGGAAACGGCCGUCCAGACAUGACAUUGGAACAGUCAUUUGCUGCUAACUUGCGCCAAAGGUGUCCGAGAUCCGGUGGGGACCAGAUUCUCUCGGUUUUGGACAUCAUCAGCGCCGCAAAAUUCGACAACAGCUAUUUCAAAAACUUGUUAGAGAAUAUGGGGCUAUUGAAUUCGGACCAAGUUUUGUUCAGCAGUAACGAGAAAUCGAGAGAGCUAGUGAAAAAGUAUGCAGAAGAUCAAGGAGAGUUUUUUGAGCAAUUUGCGGAAUCGAUGAUCAAGAUGGGAAAUAUCUCUCCCUUGACAGGUUCGAGUGGCGAAAUCAGGAAGAAUUGCAGGAAGAUAAACUCUUGAAUUCUUGAAACAAGAAAAGUGUUUGGGUCGAUAGCAAUAAAUAUAUCUUGAGGAAGAAAUGUGAGACAUUUGCUUUUACAGUUUUACUUGGUGUGUGUGUUUUUAAUCUUGUUUUUUUUUUUGUUCAUUCUGUCAUUUGAAGUUUUAUGUUGGGUUAUUUGCUUUGUGUUAAGACAUAAGCUUGAAAUUUAUAAAACCAAAAAACUUGUAUGAGGAAAUAUUUAAAGAAAAAUUUCAAUAGUGAAUUUCCAAAA